UUAAAUCGCAGUGAACUUUUUCAUUUAUAUUUCUUGAUUUUCUCUUUGCUUGAAUCCCUCCCACUUGUCUAAAAAGUAUGGGUCUUCACAUUCCUUCACUCUUCCCAAGCCCUAGGCUGCGCCACUCUUUUGACAGACUUCGGUCUUUCCACCUUAUACCAGGUCUAGGUGCUACGAUACCCGAUAAUACAACACAUGCUACAGUUGGAGGCACAAUGUUUAACGAACAUGUUCGAAAGGAAAGAUCUCUUUCUUUGCGUCCCAUCCAGACUUCAGCUAUCCGCGCUGUCAACGGAGUCAUUCCCGUUCCUCCAAUCUUUUAUUUCGGACUUGCCAUUCUUUGUUCUGUCAUAUUUGUCCUAACUAUCCCUUCUGUGUUCCAUGGUGUUACCGCUCAAGAACCGUUGUUUAAAAGUAUACUAGAUGAAGUCGCACAUUCGAAUCCAGGCAUUGUCCUUUUGGGUGAAAGUGUGGAUAUCGAUGUCGAUGAACCAUCCGUUACUAUUCGUUGGUCUAUCGUUGCCUGCGGCCAGGAUUACAUGCUUCCGGGUUCAUCUGGAAUACAUGGCAGCACUUCGUGCGGGCUCCCGAAUAACGCUCUACAGAUCUACAUAGACGGAGACAAUGAUCCAACAGGGGUCUUUGACCCAGACCUCAUACCUUAUAGCGAAAAUGGAGAGCGUAGGAAGAUCCAGAAUAUGGUACAAUUCGACAGUGAUCAUGUUUUGGAUGUUCAUAAUGAUCGGCUCUACCCUUUCGACACAUAUUUUCUGUCCAGUACUCUUCGCGUCACUUCUGAACAGGAUUUUGAUAUAUCGUUUAGCAAAUUGGCGACCAUUGACUUGACCUCGAGUUUCGUAGUCGAAUCCGCAGAUGUCCAAAGCUACGUGCUAAGCGCAGAUGGGGUUAAUACACCCUCUCACGACAUAGAUAUACACAUUCGUCGUCCUAUUGAGGCACGCCUCAUUACACUGUUGUUAUUUGCUUCGAGCUGGUUCUUGACACAUAUCUGCAUCGGGAAUGUAAUUCUUGCGAGGCGUACGAUAUAUGUCAAGUCCAUACUCAAGAUUUUGAUUGUUAAUGGUGCGACUCUUGUCGGCCUCCCGCAGAUCAGAUAUAGUAUGCCCGAUGCGCCUGGACUGGAUGGGGUAUUGCUUGAUGCAAUUGGUUUCUUCCCGCAAAUGAUUAUCGUCGGGUUCUCGGUUGUGGUCUUGCUUUUGACUAUUAUUGCAAGGGAGUUAAAUGAUCGCGAAAGAAAUGCAUUACCGCGACAUGCAUCAAUGACCCCGGCUCCUGAAUUCGUCACCUAUCAGCAAUCGAAAACAAAACAUAGGCCUCCUCCCUUGCCACUACCGACUUCAAACUCUACAGAAAUUGCGAGAUACAAUAUCUACCGCAUGGGUAAGCAUUUGAAGGGAGAGUUCGUUUUCCCUCCAGUCCAUCUGGAAGGGCUACGAAGUGUGCCGGAGGAAGCUGGGUCUCCCAGAUCACCUAGUCACAAGCGGUUCAAAACAACUACGGGAUCACCGCUUUGAAUGUAACACUUGUAGACAGACCAUAUAUAUACUGUAUAUUCUCAGGUCCACAUAUUUCAAGCUGUCUAGAGCUGUCUUCCAUGAAUAUAGCCAUAUAUAAACCCUUCGGUCAAAGCGUGUUAUAUCGAUCAUUUUCGGCAAUUCGUUCGUUGAUGAUCG